AUGGUCAAAACAAUAAGCGCACGCGAGCUACGCGAACAUUGGAUAAAUAAGAAAGAGAUCGCCCUCAUCGACGUUCGAGAAGAACAGCGCUAUUCCGAGUCACAUCCCUUGUGGGCGAUAAGUGUGCCAGUAUCCGAAAUAGAAAAGAAGCUUCCAUCACUAGUUCCCCGGUCAUCUGCCCCUAUUGUCGUCUACGACAAUGGAGAGGAGUACGUUGGUCGUGCCGCAGCCCGGGUCUUAGCCCUGGGCUAUCGCGACGUGUCAAUUCUGGAAGGCGGACUCUAUGGCUACUCCCUCGUUGGAGAGGUCUAUCGUGACGUAGGCGUUCCGUCCAAGGCGUUCGGCGAACUCGUCGAGUCUAUCAAUCACACCCCGUCAUUGUCUGCAGGCGAAGUCAAAAGUCUUCUGGAAAGAGAAAGUGAUGUGGUUGUGCUCGAUGCGAGACGGUUCGAAGAAUAUAGUACGAUGAGCAUUCCCCGUGGCCGCAGCUGCCCGGGGGGAGAGCUACUAUAUCGCGUUUUCGAGGCUGUGCAAUCUCCGCGGACUAGGGUCAUUGUCAACUGCGCUGGCCGAACUCGCAGUAUCAUUGGCGCUCAAUCUUUAAUUCAUUCCAACAUUCCGAAUGAGGUCUUUGCGCUUCGCAAUGGGACCAUUGGGUGGACAUUAGAGGGGUUGGAAUUGGAAACCGGAAAGACCGAACGGGUCAUGCAGCCUUCGCUUGAGUCAUCUCAAAAGGCACGACAGUGCGCGGAUGCAUGGGCUGAACACGUUGGGAUCACUUCUAUAGAUGGUGUUCAGCUCGGUCAGUUUGCCGCGGAGUCAGAAGAGCGGUCCUUGUACCUGCUAGAUGUGAGAGAUCCAGAGGAAUACGCACUCGGGCAUCCGGCCGGCUUCUCCAAUGCUCCUGGUGGUCAGUUGGUCCAGGCCACUGAGGAGUGGGUUGGCGUUCGAGGGGCCCGCAUCGUUCUCUAUGAUUCGGACGGUGUGCGGGCGCGAAUGACAGCAACCUGGCUCUUGCAGCUGGGAUGGGAGGUCUAUGUCUUCGAGGGCAAUUCAGUGCCAGAUGACCUUCAAGUUCCCAGGAGUCCUUUAUGGAGUGUCGCAGAGUUUGGUGCUAUCACAGUUGAGAAUCUUCAAGCCCUUCAAGCCCUCAAAGAAGCAACUGUGAUCGAUCUUGCGCGCAGUCCCUCUUAUCGCAAAGGCCACAUCCCCGGUGCGUGGUUUGCCUCUGGGCCUGAGCUUGCCCGCGAUUUAAAAUCUAUCAGUGGCGACGGUCCUAUUGUAUUGACCUCACCUGAUGGCGUUGUUGCCGCCAUGAAUCUGGAGGACACGCGCAGGUUACUUUCACGAGAAAUCUUGUAUUUGGCUGGAGGAACAUCAGCCUGGGUAGCAGCCGGCCAUUCCCUAGAGACCGACUCGCGAUGGCUUUCUCAGCCAAUCGAUGUAUACAAAAGGCCAUAUGAGGGGACUAGCAAUGCCCGCAAGGAUAUGCAGGGGUAUCUAGACUGGGAGUAUGGGCUUGUUGCUCAACUGGCGAAUGAUGGGGUGGCUGGUUUCCAUGUAGUACGGGACCGCCGUGGGCAGUCUGGUAGAUCAAAAUAA